CAUGAAUUCAUCUCACUCGGAGAGGUUUUGUCCGUCGUGCAGCAUACAAGCCUAGGGACGGACAGGCCAUCCAUCCAUCCACGUGUGUUGACUGACGCACACAUGUGGCCCCUCCCCGUUCGUCCACUGCUGAAGCACGUCGGCCAUCGGCAAACACGGACGGAUGCACGCAUCGACAAAACCACGCACACCCACACACACACUAAGCAACACCAGAAAGUCGUCCAUAGCGUGCAAGCGCCUGCAGGCGCUGCGCCCAGCUAUUCACUGCCGGCCCUCCCUCCCGACUCGCCCCGCCCCUGUGUGUGUACGUGCGUGUUUGUGCGGUGUCUUCUUAAAUCGCCCAGACAGACAGACAGACAGACACACACUGAUCGAUGGAUGCAUCGACGUACGUGGGUGCGAAGGCACUAGGCAGUGGAUUGAUGGAUGGAUGGGUGGAUGGAUGGGUGCACGUGUGCAUGUGGGUGUGUGUGAUACACACACACAUACACACACACAUACACAGAGGCAACUCUUGAUGACAGGAGGUGGACGCAUUUAGAGGUCGGCGUCGCCCGGCUGCUGUGCGCUGCUUGGCGAGCUGACGAAGCUGAGGAUCCAGUAGAGGACGAACAGGAUGAUCACGACCAACCCACUGACGCCGGCAUACAUCCUGAGCAGAUCCAUCGAGUCGACCGAGGCACAUAACAUAAACCACCAACCACAAGAGCGAGACGUGUGUGGAUUGGUUGCUCACUGGUAUCUCUCCUGCGCCUGUCUGUAAGUGGAGUGCUCCUGGCUCUUGGCGCUCAGCUGCUCCUUCAGCGCUGCAACCCUGACACGACACACGUCAACACAUACACACAUCCACAAGUACACGUGUCCACGUGUGUGCAGACAGACGUGUGUGAACGUGUGCGUGCAUUGCCCAUCUCACUCACUCUUUGUCCUUCUUGGUCAGCUCGCUAUCCUUCUUCUUGACCUGGACACACACACCCGCACACACGCGCUUGUGUGUCUCUACCUUCGUUGCCGUGUGCUGUCUGGCUGGCUGGCUGGCUGACCUCCUCCUUCAGCUCCUGGAUGCUCUUCUUGUCCUCUGUCGUCUUCUUCUCGGUCUUCUUCUUGUUGGUCUCCAGCUGCUUUAUCUUGGCACUGUCCUCACCACGCUGACCCCUACACACACACACACACACACACAUAUGGAUCAUUGUGUGAGUGUGCACAUGUGUGUGUGGGUACUUGAGAGCGUCGAGUUCCUUCAUGGCCUGUUGGUAGUUCUCCUGCAGCUGGUCCUUGGAGCGGCAGUGGUGCUCCCACUCCUCCUUCCAGCCCUGCUCCAGCAACUUGAAGUGACUCUCGCGCUGCUCGUACUCACUCUAUUUACACACACACACACACACACAUGCACACAGACAGAGAGGGAGGGAGGUGGAGCGAGUGUGUCGGUGUGGUGCGGUGUGGGAGUGGCCUACCGCCAUUUGCUGUGCCUCUAGUCGCUCUGUGUUGAGCCGCUGCUCGAAGUGAGACGCCUGCACUCACACCACACACACACACACACAUUCUUUGUGCACGUGGCUAUCGAUGUGAUAGCGGUGCUGUCUCACUGUCUGACCUUUGCCUGCAGUGCGUCCUCCCUCUUCUUGCCGUCCUUCAGGUCCUGCUGCAUCUUCUGGAGCGUCUGGCGCAAGCCCACCACCUCAGUCUCCUGCUGCGACAUACGACUGCACGCACUCGCCGCACGGGAAUGGGCCUCCUGCACUCACCGACACACACACACAUCCAUCCAUCCAUCCACAUCGAUGGGGGGAAGAACGUCGGUGUCUGUGUUGUGUUUGUUUGUACGUGUCUACCUACCUCCAUUUGCCGCUGAGCCUCCUCGCGGCUGCUGCUCUCGGCAGCGAGCUUCUCCUGAUGACGCGCACAGACAGACAGACAGACGGACAACACGCGAAUGGACCGAUGGAAUUGAGGUGUGUGUGGGGCGGUAUGUGCACACCUGUAGCUCCGCUAUGGUCUGUUCCGCAGCGGCGUGGCUAUCCUUGAGCUGAGCGUAGUCGGCGUCCAACCUACACACACACACAGUGGGGUGUGAGUGAGUGCCCUGCCGGUGCCUUCGUCUCUUGUGUGUGGUUAUGUGUGGUGUGGGUGUGGGUGUGGAGCUACUUUUGUGUGCCUUGCUGCCGCUCAGCCAGCUGCUGCUUGAGGACCAUAUUCUCUUGCUGACACACACACACACACACACAUGGUGUGGCUGGGCGUUCGUUCGUGCGUGCGUGUGUGUCCACCCCCUCACCUGAAUACGUUUGUCGUUUUCGUCGUACGACUGCAUGGACUGCCUCAUCCGCGUCAGCUCCGCUCGGGCAGACUCCACCUCGUUUUGCAGCGAUUCCUUGGCCUGACACACACACACAACACACACAGAGGGGAGGGAGGGUUCACCAAUGCGACCCCACGCCACAGAGAUCCAUCCACACAUCACAUGCACAGACCCGCUCGAUGUUGUGGCGCUGCUGCUUCUCAUGGUUGUGCGCGGCGGUCCCGCGGUCCAGGCUCUUCUGAUAAUCCAUCAGACGCAUCUCCAGUGACGACUUCUCGGCCUGCACAACACAUACAGACAGACACACGUACAAGUAAACAGCCCAUUCGUUCUUCACACCACACCCCUUGUUGGCGCCCUCACCACGAUGCUCUCGAGUGUCUGGUGCAUCUGUGCGUUGGCCAUCUGCAGCUGCUGCACGUUCUGGGCCGUCUGCUGGGCGCUCAUCUGUGUGCUCUGCGUCAUCUGCUCGGCCGCCAGGAGCUCCUGCCGCAUCCGGGCGAUCUGGCCGUUGGCCGCCUCCUGCUGCUCGCGGUGGUGCCGCGACAAAUCCUCCAUGUGUCGAGCAUGCUGAUGGAUGGAUGGAUGGAUGACACACAAAGACACACAAUGAAACGGAUGCCUCACCCACACGUGUGUGUAUAUGUUGGCAGAUGACUGACCUCGUUAGCCUGCCUUGCCAUGGCGUCGCGCAAGCCGUCGAGCUCAUGUUUGAGUGCGCCGAUCUCGCCGUCCUUCUGCUCAAUGACCCUGUCGUUGGUGGAGGGGGGAGGGGGCGGGGGCGGGGGCGGAGGCGGAGGCGGCACCGACUGAGCCACUGGCACCGACACAGGCGCAUUCUCACCACUGACACCGGCACUUGGGCGACUCGCCUGCUCCUCGCCCGAUGCCGGUGCUGUAUGGUCGACCACCGUGCCGUUGGCAGUUGCUGGUGCUGGUGUGGAUGUGUCAUGCUGAGCGGCUUCGUUGGCUUCGGUCUCGUCGCGAGCUGUCUGCUGGCCGUCCUUGGCGGCAGCAGAGGUGUCUGUGUGCGCGUCCUCCUUCAUGGACGACUGCUUGGAUGGUCCGUUGUGCUGUGCAUCAGCGCCCGUCGGUGUGUCUGCGUUGGUUUCGACGGUCUCUGCCCGGGGAAUGGCCGCACUCUUGUCGUUCUUGCUGCUGCCGGCGGGCUGAUCUGUGUUGCUGCCGCUACUGGCGGUGGGCGGCGGCUGCUGCGGGUCGUCCUUUCCUCCGUUGAGGUCCACUCGGUCCUCACUGCCGGUCAUCUCCACAGCCGCUGACAUCGACAAAGCUGCACAAAGCCUGAC